CGGCAAGCCUGAGCGACAUUGACACCGGUAAACCAGCAUGGAUCCUAUGACAUGUCGAGCGGCUGCUCGCAUUCUCGUGCAUUUCCGUCGUUUUCCGAACAGUAGUUGGCGUCAUUACGCCAGUAAGGCAAGGCCCCACCCUGAGACUUUGGGCACGUAUCGUGCACUGCGCCACUUUGAUGAAUUCUAUGCGGCCGUGUUUGGUGAUGCGUGGCCCUCGGUGCGUCUGGCGCUGCUGUGCCCCAACAAGCCAUGUGCCCUUUCCAACACGUUCUCACUCGACACCGAGGACGUGCAGAAGCGACUGCGGUCCCUCGGUACUCUCAGCCUGCGCAACCUGUGUGAGCGCCGUGUGGCCACUGCCGCCAAGCAGGAGGGCAGCGAACCUGCCACCAGCUUGGAGCUUGCCGAACCCCCCGUUGAAGAUGCGGCUACUGCCAACAGCCACAGUGCUGCAAGCACAGACCAGAGCUUUGAUGAGAGCUCACGCUACAUGCCAGCAAAUGACGCAUCGCCCUCUCUCAUGAGCUUCGUACCGAGCUCACGGCUUGUCUACCAAGAAGAUCAGAUCAACGAGGACUCCUACCACGGCUUCUACAAGCCUGAUGCAGAUGUGCGCCUGCCCGUCAAGCGCUGGCCACUGGGCAGGGAACCCAUUUUCCGUGGGAAACUGGAUGUUGCCAUGUUUCCCACGGGUGACAUUUCGGCAUUCCCCCCACCUCGCCGGAGUGGCAAGGAGCGGCUUCUCGACUAUUACCUGAUGGACGGUGCAUCCGUGCUGCCGGUGCUGGCCUUGGAUCUGCAGCAGGGUGAUGAGCUGGCCGACCUGUGCGCUGCUCCUGGGGGCAAGCUGUUGGCGGCCCUGUGCACGGGACUCCUCGGCCGUGCAGUGGCAUGUGAUGCAUCGUCAUCCCGUGUGAAACGUCUGCGUGAGUGUCUCCGGAGCUACGUGCCAGAGAAGCAGCUGCACAAGGUGUCUGUGCUGCAUCACAACCUGCUUUCACCUGGCUCUCUGGGCUGGCAGUUUGACAAGAUCCUGCUUGACGUUCCGUGCACCAAUGACCGUCUGUCUGUGGCCGAGGACGACAACAACUGGUUCAGCCAAAAGCGGCAGCAGGAACGGCUCGAGCUGCCCCAACGGCAGUUGGACAUGCUGUGCCAGGCACUGCCCCUGCUACGCUUUGGCGGCAGCCUGGUGUACUCCACCUGCUCCCUGUCGCCCAUUCAGAACGACGGCGUGGUGCACAUGGCACUGCAACAGCUUCAGCGCACCAGUUCGGCCCAGUACGCUGUCGUCGAUCUGUCCGAGGCAUUUGCCCCGCUACCCUUUCGCUUCUUCGAGGGCUGUCGCUAUGGGCAGCUGGCACUGCCGUACCUGCCCAACAACGUGGGACCAUUAUAUGUGGCACGCAUCGAGCGUAUACGCUAAUAACACCUUGGGUAACUCUGUGUGGAGUGACAUUCUGGGCUGGCAUCUGCCAAGUGAGGCCGUGGGAGUCACUUGAGAUGGCGCUGAACACAGUUUCCCUAUGUAGAUGCCAACUAGUCUUCUUAUUGGUCAGUGAUACAAAGUCCUUGUCCUCAGCAUGAUGUUGGAGAGCAUGUUGUGGUCUGCACACACAUGUGCAGUCAACUCUCGAAACUUUAGUUUUUCAUUUCCGUUUCAGUAGAGAGAAAUGCAUCUAGGUAGCUCCUUGGAAAUAUACGGGCCUUAGUCUAGAAAACAGUACAUUCCUGGUUCAGCACACUCGAGAACUCCAGGGCUUUACAUAUGCAAGAGGUGUGUCUGUCUGAAUGCAUUCUGUACCAUCAUGUCUGAAGCACGGCUAUUCUUGAAGAGCUCAGACUAUUAAAAGCAACAGGGCUAGAGCUUGUUAUACAAAAAUCAUGGGUCUUCUGCUGUUUGCCGCCAGCAUUAAAGAAAUACUGAUACCUAUUUUCGAAGUUGUAGCAGUUCUAUCUACACUUCUCACAUGUAAAAGAAUCACACUUGGCCAGUAUGAGAGUUUCUAAGUUCUCGUUAAACCUCGGUACAACGAACUUCAAUAUGAUGAAAUUCUCGAUAUAAUGAAGCAUAAGGGUUUCAUAACCUCUUGCCCAUAGGACACCAUGUAUUAGUACCUCAAUAUAAUGAAGUGUGUGUGUAUGCGAUUUCAAUAUAACAAAAUUUUACUGCCACCGCAAAAGAAUGCCGAGACAAUAAAUUGAAACUUCCGCUGACGCAGAUGGUCAAAUGAUGAAAUUACAAGCGGUGCUUGCAAACGCACCUCUGAAAUCGUGCACCGCACGACAAGAGCAACCCCGAAGUGGAGCCGCAUCAUGUUCCGUAUAAAGUACGAAGUACAAGCGCGACAAGAUCCUAUCGUGCCCCGCGCACUGUGUGCUUUAGGUGCGAGUGAAAGUGUGUGAGGCUGAGACAAGAAAGGUGGUGGCUUCACGAGUGACUCGUGCGAGCGAAAGGAAAGAGAGGGAAGGGACGCAAUCAACCACGCGAGAAGGGGGGGGGGGAGUUUAUUAAGUUGGCGCGCAUCUCGGCUGUGGCUGCACACAAGCGUGGCUAAGUGCAUAUGCAGCCAUGCACCCUGCAUUAGAGGUAAUCUGCCGCGUGUGCAAAGAGUGGGCAUGCCGAGACAACGUGGCACAAUGUAAGCUGUCUAAUCGCGCAUGUAGUAUUGGAAGUUGUGUAAUCUCAAGUUUCAGUGACCCAUUGGAGUGAGAGGCAAACGAAGCAUUGGCUCCCCACUGCCGGCGCUUUUCCCAAUAGCAUCGUCCCAGUGCGGGCAACGCCAUCAGCCGCGGGGUCGGAGCACAUGCAAAAGUGUGGCUGGCUUUGCUUAACUCAUGCCACCGAUGUGAAGAUGUUGUCGACGUACAUGGGAUGAAACCGUAUCGUUCAUCGUCGACUCCCAAAUUUAUCAAAAUGAAUUAUCUCAAUCUACUCUAUCUACUCCGUGGGUUAGUCGUGAAAUCAUCCACAUUAAACAUAGGCUAAAACGAUUAAGAAAGAAACAAAAUAUGUGUAAGAAGACCCUCAUGGAACGGGAAUAAAUUGGCAAUUAAGGUGCAACAAGCAAAGCAUAAUUACUUCACUUUUCCAUUUCAGAACCAGAAUUUCUUAGAACUGAUCCAUCAGAAUUUUGGCAUUACCUCGGAACGACAAAUGCAUCUAUUCAAAAGAUUUCAGUAAAUGAUCACCUUGUCGAAAAUGCAGCUGAUAUAGCUCAUGCAUUUAAUCUAUAUUUUCAUAGUGUUUUUCCCCCUAAUGACAACUACAGCAUGCAUAAGCUCUCGAAGACAGAUGUACCAGUGACAACAAGCGAGGGUGUUCUACCUAUGCUACGUAAAUUGAAUGAGAAAAAAAGCGCGGGUAAGGAUGGCAUCCCUACUGCGUUCAUGAAAUGCUUUGCGGCGCAGAUUGCAGACUACUUGGCAAAUCUUUUUCAGCUUUUUUUAACCACUGGCGAGCUUCCUGAUGACUGGAAGAUAGCACGUGUUGUGCCAAUUUUUAAGAAGCGGGACAAGCUUAACAUAACAAAUUAUAGGUCCGUGUCGAUUAUAUCUAUUUGUUCGAAACUUAUAGAACAUGUCAUAGCUGGAUAUAUAAGGUCUUUCUUGUCUAAUAAUAAAGUUUUGUCUCCUUAUCAACACUGAUUUACCAAGGGAAGGUCUACUACAACUCAGUUACUCACCACUGUACAUCAUUUUAUAAUGGCAUUGGACCACUCGGGGCAAAUAGAUGCAUUCUUUACAGACUUUAGCAAGGCGUUUGACAUGAUGUCGCAUACAAAGCUAAUACAUAAGUUGAGAUUAACCGGCCUUCCCAUCUACUUAGUGAAUUGGGUUGAAGCAUACUUACACAGCAGAAAACAAUUUGUUGUAGUGGAUGAGUGUGUGUCUGAUAUGCUCCGUUUCUUCUGGUGUGCCUCUGGGCAGUGUACUCGGACUCUUGCUUUUCUUGGUUUAUGUAAAUGAUCUCAUUGAAUGUUUAUCUGAUUCAGUGUGUAUAAAAUUAUUCGCUGAUGACUGUA